GGGCUGAGUUCGUUCGAAACUAUGGGAGCCCAGAGGGGAGCGUCGGCGGACAUUAAAGAGAAAACCGAUUUUUAUUAAAACAGAUCGAUGUAAACUACACAUUCGAGUUAAUCGAUAAAAUCGAUUUAUCGCCCAGCCCUAAUAGUGUCGCAUUACGGGAGGCUGCAAAAACUUUUCCAAAACUUUUUUUGCUCAUCUCAAAGGGUUUAAUUUCUUAUCGCACCUUGAAUCGAUUACUAAUUUAUCAUAAUACAUUUCAAACAAAAAGAAAAAAAAAUGCAUGAUUUUGUUAACGCAUAACGUCAACAAUAAAAGUCCGACCAUAAAUUGUGUAUUUUUGCUGGACCUGGCAACCUCGAUGAACGUCAACUGAGCAUGCGCAUCAUAAAGGCCGCUAAAAUUAACAGGCUAGGUUCUGAUCAUAUAAAAAUGCAUCAUUUUAAGUAGGCAGUGCGGCCUUCUCCUCCUCGGUGGGUAUUUGAGCUGUUGGCGGCUCAGAGCGCCGUAACGCUGCAAGAUACUGCGCUGAGGUUCUGCCACACGACUCUUCCGUAAUAGAUAAAUAAUAAAUAAAACAGCCACGUCUUUCUUUUAUAUCUAAAACUCAUUUAUAAGCUUUGUUGUCUGUCUGUAAACGGCUAGCCAGAGUCGGACCACAUUUGCUUCCUCUCCGUGCUGUGUGUUUUCCUACUCUGAAUAGUUGAGCGAUGGAAACUCCACAAGUUACUGUCAUGCCUGUUACAGGGGGCACAAUUAAUAUGAUGGAGUAUUUGUUACAAGGCAGUGUACUGGACCAGUCCUUGGACAGUCUCCUCCAUCGGCUUAGAGGUUUAUGUGACAAUAUCGAGCCAGAAAGCUUUGCUGAUCAUGAGCUUGUCUACCUUCUAAAAGGUCAGCAGGGAAAUCCAUUCAUUUUAAGAGCCAGACGGUCGCUUGCUCACCCCACUGCUCCAUGGCAUCUACGCUACCUCGGGCAGCCAGAGGUGGGCGAUAAGAGUCGUCAUGCCUUGGUACGGAACUGUGUGGACGUCGCAGCCUCGCACAGCCUUCCUGACUUCCUCAAUGAGAUGGGCUUCCGAAUGGAUCACGAGUUUGUGGCUAAAGGUCAUAUUUUCCGCAGAGGGGCUCUCAAGGUGGUUGUGAGCAAACUGUCUCGAGUGCUUGUGCCGGGCAACACAGACAACACUGAACCUCUGUCUCUGUCUUACCUAGUGGAACUUAGUGUGUUGGCACCAGCAGGACAGGACACGGUGUCUGAAGACAUGCGUAGCUUUGCUGAACAGCUUAAACCACUGGUUCACUUGGAGAAAAUUGACCCCAAGCGACUCAUGUAAAAGCCGCCCUGGCUGUACUGACUGAAGUGGAAACAGAAUUAUUUGGAAGAAGGUGGCAUCAACCUGAAACAUCAAACCGUGAAAUUAAUGCAAAUGUGUUGAAUUUGCAGCUGAAUCAUUUAUUCAUGCCAGCAGAGCCCUGUUUUUAAAAAAUAUUUUGCUUUUCACAGAUAUAACAUUUGUUUUGUAUACCAGUGUCCUACUUAGUUUUGCCAGUGGUUGGACUACUAAAGAGUGUAAAUUUUCUUUUCCAUAAUAAUAAUAAUAAUAAUAAUUAAAAAAAAAAUCCUUA